AUGCUCAAGGAAAUCAUCUUUACUGUACUGCUCACCAGCUUGGCUAUUUCAAUGCCUGUGUUUGAUAAACCGGCACGUUUCUCUGACGAAUUCGCUCGUACAAAAGUGGUCCCAUUGUGUGCUGCUACCGAGUUGGAUGAUCCACGGAUAUGCAUUAAUAAGGCGUUCAAGAAUGUCACGGUGCUACAUAAAGUGACCGUACCAUGCGACAAAAAUACCACAGACACCUGUAGUGGCUACACGGCUGUUAAUCAUGAGGACAAAGCGAUCAUGCUGGUUUUCAGAGGCACCGUUGGAAAUCAUCAAAUGGCUACGGAAUCUGCUGUAACUCUUUUUGCUGAGCAGAUGCCUUGGAUCGCUGGUGGCAAAGUAUCCAGGUAUUUCUAUAACGCGUUCUUUGCUGUAUGGAAUGGAGGGAUCAAAGACGAUUUCGUGACUGUUGCAAACAAGUACAAGGACUAUGAGCUAUGGGCUGUGGGUCACUCCCUAGGUGGAUCGAUGGCAUCACUGGCUUCAUCAUAUGUGGUAAAAACGAAGCUUUUCGAUGGAAACAGGAUCAAAUUGGUGACUUUUGGCCAGCCAAGGACGGGCAACAAAGACUAUGCAGAUGCGCAUGAUGCUCAGGUUCCAUAUUCCUUCCGUGUCACUCAUGCCCACGACACUAUCCCACACAAUCCACCAAAAGGAUUCCACAACUACACACAUCACAAAUCAGAGGUGUUCUACAACAAUGACAUGACCACAGCUGAUUACAUCGAAUGUGACGAGCAAGAGAGCAAAUCUUGUAGCGAUCAGAACAUCAAUUUGUCAUUCUACGAUCACCAUCGUUACUACAAUGUCUACAUUUACAAUUGGGGAGCUGUUGGUUGCAUCGGCGAUCCAGCAAAUCCACCUACUUUUGCACCCAAACAAUGCUAA